AUGACAGAAGACAGCAGAGAAAGAAUGCAAGUAGAAGAAAGAAAAAGCAGAUUACAUGGCAGUGAAAGCAAGAAGAGUGAAAACACUGGGAUACGCAAGACCCCGGGUUUCAAAGACAGAUUUUUCACUGCCCUGAGAAACAUCCAUAGGAAGAUAAAGGCUGCUUUCACUCGAUCAUCUUUGAAUAAGGAGCAACAGGAGGAGAAGAUGGUCGCGCAAACAAAGAGAAAGCGAGAGGAAAGCGGUGAGGAAAACAUCAUCCCGAUAAAGAAGAGCAGGACCCAACCUGGAGACCUCAGCCCACCAGAAAUGACACCUGCCAGAGACUUGCCCGAGCUGCAAGCCAACACGCCUGAUAAUAUUGCUCAAUCAAGCCAACGCGCUCCAUGCAGUUGGGAGAAAGGGAAGCUCUUUGGUCCUUUCCCCAACCAAGGAAUAAAGCGUCUUAGAUCAGACGAAGAAGAAGAAGAAGAAGAAGAUGUAAAAGUGAAAAGAUUCAGAAGUGCAACACAAUCCACCGAUGACACAGAAACCCAACCUGCACCAACUCCAACAGGUGGAAGUACCAUCCCCAUUGACACCACAUUGUCAAUAAACAGAUUCAGUUUCCAUCAAGUCCUUGGAGAAGGAGCCUUUGGAAAGGUGGUCCUGGCACGAGACCUUCUCACAGGACAGUGGGUUGCCAUAAAAAUAAUUAAGAAGAGGCCACUGUUAGGCAGGAGGAACAGCGUUAUGUCUGAGAAGAAGAUACUGGAAAUAGCACAGGACUGCACCUUCCUUACAAGAGCCUUUGGAGCAUUUCAGACUGAGGACAGCAUUUAUUUCGUUAUGGAAUAUGCAUCUGGAGGAACCUUAUUUGGUCUUAUUCGUGAUGGAAAUUCCGUUGAUAUCGACACAAUAAGGUUCAUGGCAGCAGAAAUAAUCUGCGCACUGACGUUCCUGCAUUACCAUUUUAUUAUCCAUCGGGACAUAAAACUGGAGAAUGUUUUGCUUGAUGACAAAGGUCAUAUUAAGGUAGCGGAUUUUGGUCUCGCUCUAAAAACGUCCUAUGGAAUGGCCAAAGGCCGAGCUGGAACACCUGGGUACAUAGCUCCUGAGAUGCUCUACAAGCAGAUGUAUGACGGCUGUGCAGAUUAUUACUCACUGGGAGUAGUAAUGUUCCGGUUGGCUACUCAGUUGAAUGCAGAAUAUCUACAUUUACCAGAGGGCAAAAAAUGUUUAGAGAACCUCGACCCUGACCUCAGGGACAUUAUCCUGAAGCUAACAUGCAACAUUUGGUCUGAAAGGAGAAAGUAUGUUCUCUCCAUAAGGAAACAUCCAUUUUUUGGGCCCAUUAACUGGGACGCCCUAGAAGCAAGAGAAACGGAGUCUCCUGUUAUACUACCUCCAGCAAAGCAAAUACAGGACCCUGUUCCAUACAAGGAACUAGUCGGCUCUGAUGAAGACAAGACUCCCAUUUCUACCAGCCAACAGGAUCAGUUUAAGGGGUUAUCAUUCAUAUGUAAAGAAUUGCAAGACUUUAAAAACCCAUGA